AUGUCCACGGCGGGGGAGCUGCGGGACCUGGACGAGCAGCGGCUUUGGGAGCUGCUCGAGCAGCAUCGCUACCGCAUCGUGCGCAGCACCGUCCCCAGCCGCCUCACCCCCUACCUGCGCCAGGCCAAGGUGCUGGACCAGCUGGACGAGGAGGAGGUUCUGCACAAUCCCCAGUUCACCAACAGCGCCAUGAGAGUGGGUCACAUGCUGGAUCUCCUGAAGAGCCGUGGGAAGAACGGGGCUCUAGCUUUCCUGGAGAGCCUGAAAUUUCACAACCCAGACACCUACACGCUGAUCACGGGCCUCGAGGCCUCCACUGACCUCCACCGCUUUAGUGGCCUCAUUGAGAGCUCCAAGCUGACCGAGUGCCUGGCCAAGGCCGUGACCAGCCUGCAGGAGGAGCUGGCGCAGGAGCACAGGCAGCGCGUGGCCCUGGCACAGCACUGCAGCCGGCUCAAGGAAAGCGUGAGCCGGCUGCAAGCCCAGAACCGGAGCUUGACAGACGUCCAGGCCGACUACGACCGCGUGAAGAGGGAGGAGAGCAACCACUUCCACGAGGGGCUGAAGCUGAAGGACGAGCUGUACAACCUCUCCAUGCACUACACCAACGCCCUGAAGGAGAAGGACUUGGCCAUCACGCGGUGCCAAGCGCUGCAGGAGGAGCUCUACCUGGUGAAGCAGGAGCUGCAGCGAGCCAAGGCGGAUGCGGGCUGCGAGGAGGGGAGCGCCCGGAGAGGCCCCGGCGACGCGUGCGCGGACGGGCUGCUGACACUGCAGGAGGAGGACGAGGAGCUGCCAUCGCUGAGGGAGCUGGGGACCUUCAGCCUGGUGGAGAAGGACAUCCUGGAGCAGCACCUGGACGAGGCUCCGGAGGGCCGGCAGCAGCUCCUGGAGCGCAUCCAGCCCCUGCGGGAGAGGGCGGCUGCGGCCGAGCAGCGGCACAAGCAGAGCGGUGACAAGAAGGAGCACGCGCUCAUGGAGAGCCACGAGGCCAGGGUGGACUCCGAGGUCUAUAGGGAGAAGAUCUGCUCCUUCCAGGCGCAGGUGGCCGAGCUGCAGAAGGAGCGAGACCAGGCGUUCAGUGCCCGGGAUGCUGCGCAGCUCGAGAGCUCCCAGAACCUGCUGGAAAAGGACUCGCUGCGCAGGAAGGUGUUUGAGCUGACGGAGGAGAUCUGCGAGCUGAGGAAGCAGGUGAGAGGGGACGCGGGGGCUCCCGCGGAGGCCGAUCCUCAGGGCCGGAGGAGGAAGCAGCGGCUCGUGCGCAUGCAUGCCCUGUGCCCCAGCGACGAGAGCCCGGGCAGCACCACCGAGCUUUGGUGCAAUCCAAGCACGAAGGGGAGCCGCGACUCGGUGGAGAGCUGCCAGUCGUGCAGCCCCAUCUCGCCCAGCAAGAGCCCCCUGCAGAAGGGAGCGCUGGGGGGCUACCCGGAGAGCCCCCGCUCCGGGAGCAGCUCCCAGGGCUUCCCGGAGGUGGACGGGGGUCUGGAAGAAGCCCCACUGGAGUCUGCUGUACGUGACAAGGACGGUGGGUAUCUCCAGGCCCUGCUGGCAGGGCCUGUCCCUCGCCUCAUCUUCAGUUUGUCCCAGUCUGUCCCUGCAGCAGAGCCACCCGCUGUGAUGGCCCCAUGCAAUCGGGACCUGCCACCAGCCCUUGCCACCUCCCUCCUUGCGCUGGGGACGGUCACUUGGACUGGGAAUGGCGGGAGGAGGCUGCCCGGGACUCCCGGAGCCUCCUGCCCUGUGACGCUGCUGGCAAAGGUCUCCUUUCCCUCCAGGCUGCCCGCGGCUGGGCUCGGAGCCUUCGGCCUCGGACAGGUGGGUCUUGUUCUGCCCCCCGGAGCCCUGCGGGUGCCCGGGGCUCCUGGUGCUGCCCGCGGCAGAGCCGGAGCCGGAGCGGGCUCUGCAGGUCGGUGCUGCUCCCGCACCAGGGCUGCUGCCCCCGGGCUGCCCAUGCGGCGCCGGCCAGCCCUGCGCAUCCUCGGCCGCGUCACCACCAUCGCCUUCGACGGCACGGCCCUGCUGGAGCAGAUCGGCGUCAUCGGGGGCAACCAGACCGGCAUCUACAUCCACACGGUCACCCCCGGCUCCGCUGCUGACGAGAUGUCCUUGUCCCCGGGGAACCAGAUCAUGGUGGUGGACUACGAUGGCCUGGAUUUCAAAGCUGUCCUGGAGUAUAUGACGCUGGAGGAGGCCCUGUGGGUCCUGAAGAGGGUGAACAGCUUCUGCUGUCUCUCCGUGAGGCCCAACAUGGAGGGGUACAACAAGCUGCUGAGUGACCUGCAGGAUAAGGCAGUGACCUCUGGAGACUCCUUCUACAUCCGAGCCAACCUGGCCAUAGAGGGGCAGGGCCGGGGGCAGCUACCCGUGCUCUGCAACGACAUCUUGCAUGUCACGGACACUGUGUUCGAGGGCAGGAGCCAGUGGCACGCCUGCCGCGUGGACCCCUACAGCAUGAAGGACACGGACGGUGGCAUCAUCCCCAACUACUACCAGGCCCAGCAGCUGCUUAUUUCCCGGCUCGAAGACAUGGCCCAGGUGAGCAGGAUGGCCAGCAAGAACGUGCACGGGUUGCUGGACAUGGGCCUGGAGUGUGUGCAGAGCCUGCACUCCAUGGACACCUUCCCCAUCCUGCUGCUGCUCUGCGUCACCGAGAGGAGCGCCAGGAAGCUCCGCUGCGCCAUUGGCAGCACGGGAUAA